AAAAAUACACAAACACAAAGACUCAAAAUCCCGGAACAGUUUCCAAACCAGACCGAGGCUGUACUGAGGCCUUUCCACGGAGCUAGCUCGUUGGUCACGUGGGUCGGAUGCUCAUUAAUUAUACAGAAUUUUAGGCGUUUAAUACACUUAAACAGAAGAGUGAGAAAAAAAUUCACCCCCCUCAGAGUUGUCAUGAGUGUAAACUAGAUCAUUUAAACAAAAAACAUGUUUUGGUACCAGGCUGUAAACAUGUUUAUUUCUGCUGUGAAAUUGGUAUUUUUAACAUGGGAGUCAAUGAGGAUUUGCUCGCUUCUGACACCCGCCCCCAGCGGAUGAGGGUGGAACUGCAAUUUUUGGUACUUCCGGGUUUGACUCAAUUUUUGAGCCGCAUUGUGGGGGCUUGUGUCCGACGGGACAUUACAUUAUCUUUUACUUUUGCCCAUCGGAGCUCAGUGAGUGGAGAAACGAGAGCGUCAUCAAGCAUUACAUGAAGCUAUAAUGACUAAAUCGGCACCUUCCCAACACUUUUUAUUUGCUUCUCAGAGCUGCUAAAAGUAAAAGUAACAACAUCAAAGUUUUCCUCACAUUAUUUAUAGAAAGUGAGAUUUUUUAGUUUAUUUGAAGUUCAAUUUCGUUUCUCUGUAUGUCUUGCACAUGUGGUAGAAAUGACAAUAAAAUGACUGACUAAAGAAUAAAACUGGUCAGAUUUAGAUUAAAAAGCAUCAUAAAGAAAAAAAGUAUUUUACUUGUUUUUCGUGGCUUUUGAAGAGACUACCUGAAAUAAUAAAAAUAUAACUCAUGUUAUGUGUGUUUUAUUAGUCCCAUUCUGAACACACAGAUGUGUUUUCUGCUCCAGCAGGUGGCGGCAGUGCACCUUUACGCUGGUCACCGACCACCGGAAAAAGCAGAAACCGGAAGCUGCUAACAGAGCUAGCUUGUUGUUGUUCUGGUGUGUGAGGAGAAUAUUUGAGGCUCUGCAGUAAAAAUGUCUUCACUUCAGUCUCUGGGAGAGUUGAUUAGCUAAAGCGACUAACUGCUGCUGCUGCAGAAAUCUUCUCACCAGGCUGUGGAAACUUUCUUCUCCUCCUCAACAACUUGGUGGAGUUCUUUCCAGAACCAGAGAAGAUAUUCUGCGGUCUUCGUGACAAUCGGAGCUCCAGAAUCAGGUUGUGGCUGUUAGCUAAACACGGCUAAAGAAAACCUGCUACCACUUCAGGAUCAUCCAUCAGCUGGGACUGAUUCAUCGUGUGUUCUUCACCACCUGGACCUGGACAGCAUGGACACAGACGUUCAACAGGGGGUGCAGGUUAAAGAAGAAGCUCCUGAAGAACAGAGUGCUGGUGUGGACCUGCAGGACCCAGAACACCUCCACAUAAAGGAGGAACAGGAGGAGCUCUUGUCCAGUCUGGAGGGAGAGCAUCUCCGUUUGAAAGAGGAGCCUGAUGCUGCCAGGUUUCCAUUCACUGUUGCAAUAAAGAGUGAGGAUAAUGAAGAGAAACCUCUGUUCUCACAGCUUCAUCAACAGCAAAUAGAAGACAGAGAUGUUCCAACCAGCAGCACAGCUGACCAGGUGGCAGCAGAGACUGACGGGGGAGCAGAAACUAGAAGGAACCCUGAUCUGAACCCUCAUGAACAGACAUCUGAUUCUUCAGACCCUGAAGUUAGUGAAGAGGAUGAUGAUGAUGAUGUGACUCUAGACUCUGAGCUGUCAGACUCUAGACCUGAAACUGGAGACGGAGGCAAUAAUUGGAUUGCAAACAGUUGUUUUGAGUCAGACGUCAAGACUGUCAACAAAUUGUUUAGUUGCCCUGAGUGUGGUAAACAAUUUGUCCACAAGUGGUCUCGCCAGAGGCAUGUGAGAGUGAGUCAUUCAGAAAUAAGGUCUUCAGAAUGUUUGGUUAGUAAGAAGUGUAUUAGAAUGAAGAAGCAUGUAGACUCGUGUAGGGAAGUCCAUAAAGAGCGUACAUCAUUUAGUUGUGAUGACUGUGGAAAGAUGUUUAGAAAAAUAUCAAGUUUUAACAUUCACCUGAGAUUCCACACAGGACAGAAGCCUUUUGCUUGUAAGUUAUGUGAAAAAAGAUUUAGCCAUAAGACACAUUUAAACAGACACAAAAUAGUCCACACAGGACAGAAACCCUUUACCUGUGAGCACUGUGGAAAAAGAUUUAGCCAAAAGACGCAUUUAAACAUACACAUGAGUGUGCACACAGGACAGAAGCCUUUUGCCUGCCAGCUUUGUGGAAAGAAAUAUAGCCAGAAGACUAAUUUAAACAGUCACAUGAGUGUCCACACAGGACAGAAGCCCUUUGCCUGUGAGCUCUGUGGACAAAGAUUUAGCCUGAAGGCAAAUUUAAACAGUCACAUGAGAGUCCACACAGGACAGCAGCCUUUUGCUUGUAAGUUAUGUGAAAAAAAAUUUAGCCAUAAGACACAUUUAAACAGACACAAAAUAGUCCACACAGGACAGAAACCCUUUACCUGUGAGCACUGUGGAAAAAGAUUUAGCCAAAAGACGCAUUUAAACAUACACAUGAGUGUCCACACAGGACAGAAGCCUUUUGCCUGUGAGCUUUGUGGAAAGAAAUUUAGCCAGAAGACUAAUUUACACAGUCACAUGAGUGUCCACACAGGACAGAAGCCUUUUGCCUGUGAGCUCUGUGGACAAAGAUUUAGCCUGAAGUCAACUUUAAACAGUCACAUGAGAGUCCACACUGGACAGAAGCCUUUUGCUUGUGAGCUCUGUGGACAAAGAUUUAGCCUGAAGUCAAAUUUAAAUAGUCACAUGAGAGUCCACACUGGACAGAAGCCUUUUGCUUGUGAGGUCUGUGGACAAAGAUUUAGCUAUAAGGCGACUUUAAACAGUCACAUGAGUGUCCACACAGGACAGAAGCCUUUUGCCUGUGAGCUUUGUGGAAAGAAAUUUAGCCAGAAGACUAAUUUAAACAGUCACAUGAGUGUCCACACAGGACAGAAGCCUUUUGCCUGUGAGCUCUGUGGACAAAGAUUUAGCCAGAAGUCAACUUUAAACAGUCACAUUAGAGUCCACACAGGACAGAAGCCUUUUGCUUGUGAGCUCUGUGGAAAAAGAUUUAGCCAGAAGACUAAUUUAAACAGUCAUAUGAGUGUCCACGCAGGACAGAAGCCUUUUGCCUGUGAGAUUUGUGGACAAAGAUUUAGCCAUGAGGCAACUUUAAACAGUCACAAGAGAGUCCACGCAGGAUAGAAACCUUUUGUCUAUGAGCUUUGUGGACAAAGAUUUAGCCUGAAGUCAAAUUUAAACUGUCACAUGAGAGUCCACACUGGACAGAAGCCUUUUGCUUGUGAGCUCUGUGGACAAAGAUUUAGCUAUAAGGCGACAUUAAACAGUCACAUGAGAGUCCACACAGGACAGAAAAAGAUUUAGUCGACAGAAAACUUUAAUCAAUCACCUUAGCAUCCACUAGGGCUACACGAUAUAUUAUGUUCUGAUUCAAAUUGUGAUUUCAAACAACACGGGCACGUGAUUGUUAAAACUGCAUUUUUUUGUAGUGCUACUUCUGACCCAGGACCUGCUAUGUUUACUAUUUUUGAUAUCCAGGUUUUUCCAUGGUUUUUAAGGUGUUACAGUCAUAGUAAUGAGUGAGAGUGGGGGUGGGGAGUUUUGGGAGCUAAUCCCAAUUCUUGAGCUGAUGAAAUAGCACAUUUGGUGUUUUUAUUUAUUUAUAAAACACUGGUACAUCUGAUAAUAAUGUCUAUGGGCUUCCGUUUUCUGCCCCCCACUCAGCUCCAUUCAUGAGUGUAAGACAAAGAGACUUAUUAUGCAGCUUCCUGCCAAAGUGGAACAUGAUUAAACGUAAUAACAAUGAGUGGACGGUUUUAAUUAACUGGUCAGAGGGAAAUUUACUUUGAAAGAAUUUGUAAUAAUAAUAAUAAUAAUAAUUCUAUAACCAUAGCUAAAAAAUUGGAUUUCCAAAGGUGGAUUUUUAAAAAUUUCGAUGUUUUGAAAUAGCACAACCAAAAAAGAUAGCUUCCAGUUUGAGUGCUACCCAUCUGCUUUUUGACCGCAGUAGUGCUGCAGUUGCUCGCUAGCUCAGCAUGUUGCUAUGGUAGUAAAUCAGGAGGUUUCUGAGGUUCUGCCAGUCUCGGGAUGAUAUAUUGUUGCAAUAUGUGGAUUAUCUUUUAGAUCCAACCAUUGAGCAUGUCGUAGCUUUCCCAAAUGACUUAUUUUCUCUUUACUGGAGCUUACACGGGUAGCCAUACUGCUGCAGUCACACUAACAAGACUUGUUGAUCUUGGCACGAGUUCAGGAGGAGUGUUACAGUUACAGAUGAUUAUGGUAAAUGGCCUGUAUUUGAUAUAGCGCCUUCUAGAGUCAUGUAACCCCUCAAGGGGCUUUACAACACAAUCAGUCAUUCACCCAUUCACUCACACAUUUACACACUGGUGGGGAUGAGCUACAAUGUAGCCACAGCUGCCCUGGGGCGCACUGACAGGCGAGGCUGCCGAUCACUGGCGCCACCAGUCCCUCCGACCACCACCAGCAGGCAACGUGGGUUAAGUGUCUUGCCCAAGGACACAACGACAGCGACAGACUGAGCGGGACUCAAACCUGCUACCUUCCGAUUAUGGGGCGAGCACUUAACUCCUGUGCCACUGUCGCCCCAUUAUAUAGUUUAAAUUUGUAAAAAAAAAAAAUCUUGGCAAAUAGGACUUACCAGCCCAGUGGUCUGUGCAUUAGCUUUGCUCUAAAUGGUCACUUCAUAUCUGACCACAGUUUGCUAUGGUCCGCCUCACACGCAGUUCAGUUCAAUUCAGUUUAUUCAUAUUAGCGUCAAAUCACAAAAAGAGUCGUCUCAAAGCACUUCACAAAGUAAACAUUCCAAUACAGUUCAAUUCAUUAGUUCAUGGGACAGCAGUUGCUCAGAAGGAAGAGCGGCUUGUCCAAUAAUCAGAAGUUUACAGAUUUAAUCCUGGCUCUGACCAAAGAAUGCUGCUGCUGUGUCCUUGGGCAAGACACUUAACCCAUCUUGCCUGCUGGUGGUGGUUAGAGGGACUGAUGGCACCAGUGUUUGGCAGGCCUCACCUCUGUCAGUGCACCCCAGGGCAGCUGUUGCUACAUCAUAGCUCAUCCCCACCAGUGUGUGAAUGGUUGGAUGGAAUUCACACACAUGGGAUGUGGACGAAUGCCUUCUCCAAUUCCACAAAACACAUGUAGAUUGGUAGGGCAAACUGCUAUGCACCCUCCAGGACCCCCUGAGCGUAUAGAGCUGGUCCAGUGUUCCACAGCCAGGACACACCACAUUGAUCCAGAAUCUCCACAAAGCCAUAUGGAAAUCUUGCUCCAUGGUCUCACUGAACUCCUCCCACACCUGGGUUUUUGUCUCCCAGACCACCUGAGCCGCAUUCCGCUUGGACUGCCGGUACCCAUCAGCUGCCUCUGGAGUUCUACAGGCCAGAAAGACCAGAUAGGACUCUUCAGCUUGACAGCAUCCCUAACCGCCGGUGUCCACCAGCAGGUUUGGGGGUGCCGCCACGACAGGCUCCAAUGACCCAGCGGCCACAGCUCUGAUCGGCCACCUCAACAAUAGAGGCAUGGAACGGCCUAAUCAGACCCAAUAUCCCCCGCCUCUCCAGACCGUUUUGGAGAUUCUGUCGUAGGUGGGAGUUGAACUUUUGACAAGAGACUGCCAGACGUUCCCAGUAUACCCUCAAAAUACAUUUGGACCUGCCAGGUCUGCAUUGCAUCCUCCUCCACCAUCGGAGCCUACUCACCACCAGGUAGUGGUCAGUUGACAGCUCUACCCCUCUCUUCACUCAAGUGUCCGAGACAUGCAGCCGCAGAUCGGCUAAAACGACAACAAAGUCGAUGAUCAAGCUGCGGGUUAAGGUAUCCUGGUGCCAAGAGCACAUAUGGACACCCUUAUCCCUGAGCAUGGUGUUCAUUAUGGGCAAUCCACAAUGUGUACAACAUGUUGACUCUAGAAGAGGUUAUUCUCGAAGAACGGAAGAAGAUAAAUGUCGCAAUAUGUUGCCAUCUUGUUCAUUCCAUGCCAAGAAGACUUGCUGCUGUCCUUGAAAAUCACGGUGGUCAUAUGUAUUACUAGAUCCAGUCGUUUUUGCUGUGGGGUGUAUUCAUUUUUGCUUCAACCAAUUUUAGUAAAACUGAAGAUUUUGUGAUCUAAGUUAUAUUAUUUACCUUAAUUUCGUGUUAUGGAGUUAAAAGUGUUCAAUAAAACCCAGCCUUGUGAAAAUUC